GUCGGAAGUGAUUAUUCAGCUGGUUUCCUGUCCAUGUUUUAGCAGUUAUGAAGACGUUAAAGCUGCAGGGGAAAUGUAGCUUAAGGUCGGUUUGCAGACAGACUGCCAGUAGCAACAGGUUGAUUAUACGAGGCGUUUUAUGAGGCCAUGCUGCUCAAUGCCAGGGCGGCAGAACUGAAGAAACAUUCCCUGGCAUUUAUCAACGAGUAAACUUACUGCAGCGAACAGGAUGAUGAAGAAGAUUGUGAUGGGAGGAGGCCACUUCGGAAGGUGCAGCCCUCGCUAGACUCCUGAUCUCUCCCCCAACACCCCCCUUCCUCCCCCCCCUCCCCCUCCACCCCUCCAACCAUCAUCCAUUCUACUACCCCUCCCCCUCCUCUUCCGGGCACCAUGGCCAACCACCUGGAGCUGAUCCAGGAGCUGCAGCAGCUGGACAAGGUGCCCAGUCUGGAGAGGCUGCGGGCGGCCCAGAAGCGGAGAACGCAGCAGCUGAAGAGAUGGGCCGUGUACGAGAAGGAGAUGCAAAACAAGAAGCGGAAGGCCGACAAGAAGGGACGCAACGCCAACAACCUGCAGCAGUCGGACAUCAAGAGGCGAGUGUCUUUCGCUGCCAGCGUGGCUCUGCUGGAGGCGUCGGCCAGGAACGAUCCGGAUGAAGUACGUUACCUGCUCAAGAACAAUGUGAGUCCAGAUCUUUGCAAUGAAGAUGGUCUCACCGCCCUCCAUCAGUGUUGUAUAGAUAACUACGAGGAGAUGGUGAAGAUCCUGCUGGACCGAGGAGCCAGCGUCAACGCUCAGGACAACGAGCUGUGGACGCCGCUGCACGCCGCUGCUACCUGUGGCCACGCAGGACUCGUCAAGAUCCUCAUCACACACGGUGCAGAUUUGCUGGCGGUUAACUCUGAUGGGAACAUGCCCUACGACCUGUGUGAAGACGACCCAACACUGGACAUUAUUGAGACAGCCAUGGCCAACAGAGGCAUCACUCAGGAGAUGAUCAACGAGACACGAGCAUCGACAGAGAGGAAGAUGCUGGGAGACAUUCAGGAACUGAUGAGACAGGAAGAAGAGGUCAACCAGCAGGACUCUCAAGGAGCAACACUGCUCCACAUUUCGGCAGCAAACGGCUACGUCCAGGCUGCAGAGCUGCUGCUGGAGGGGGGGGCUCGCAUGGACCUGAGAGAUACGGAUGGAUGGCAGCCUCUUCAUGCUGCAGCCUGCUGGGGUCAGAUGCAUGUGGCAGAGCUGCUGGUGUCUCAUGGAGCCAGUCUCAAUGCCAAGACCUUCCUAGAGGAGACCCCCAUCGAUCUGUGUGAGGAUGAGGAGUUCAGAGCCAUCCUGCUUGACCUGAAACACAAACAUGACAUCAUCAUGAAGUCACAGCUCAAACACAAGACCUCGCUAUGCAGGCGAACAUCCAGUGCAGGGAGCCGCGGAAAAGUGGUGCGGAGAGCCAGCCUGUCGGACAGACACAACCUGUGCCGUAAAGAGUACGAGACGGAGGCCAUCGUGUGGAGGGGAGGGAGGGAGGAGGAGUACGAGAAAGAGAAGGAGUCAGAUCAGGAGAAUCACCAGGUGGUGAAUGUCAAGCCGGCUGUAGCUGUGGAGCUGCUGGACAAGCCCAUGCUGCCCACCAUCCUCAAAGACGGCAACGGCAAACAGAACGGCCUCAUCUCCACGACGACGUCCGUGCCGCCACAGCAGCCAUCCAAUGGCAACACACCAUCGUCCGAUAAGUCCGGGGUCGUCUCCACUCAGGAGGAAGCCUUGCCUAGGGAGCGCGCUCAGACUCUGUCAGAGCUCAAGAAACAGAGGUCCGCCGCCAAACUAUUGAAUCACCCGCUGUUCAAUGGUCACUUAGGGAACGGCUCCACAGACUCCUUCUCUGAUGCCAAAAUCAACUCAGAUGACCCCCGCAUGCCGCUGGUCUCCUCCAAUGGCAGCGCAGUUUACUACACGCCUGCCAGCGGCGACCCGCCCCUGCUUAAACUGAAACAGCCAAUAGAAGAGGAGCCUCCGAAGAUGCGGACCUGCUGCUGCAUUUCAUAGCUGGUCAUGUGACUGUUAGACAGAACAGGAAGUGUUUGCACAGAGAGGAAGGAAACAAGGACGAUGCUGUGAGGAGGAAGGAAGGAAAAGGGGGUGUUUUCCUAUCUUUGAGUGUCCCCUCGUCCCCUUCUUCUAACGUCUUCUGGCGCUGAUGGUCGGCCUGAAGAAGACAAAGAAUCAAAUGACCCUCUCCCCAAAUGCAGGCAUGUUUCAAUGUAGCAGAGGAGAAGAAAGAAAUGGAGCAGUGCCACUUUUUUCCUUUAAGAUGACUCCUGGAUUCAAAUUCCUUUUCAUAUAAGGAGCCUCCCUGUAAGAAAUGCCAAAUGGAUAGAAAGAGUGCGAGAAACUGUUACUCUGCUGUCUCUGUGCACCUUCAAGAAUCAAGAUGUGGACAGUUUUUUAAAACUUUUUACCCAGAAACAGUGAAGAAUUUGUGAUAAAGAGAGCAGCAAAAAGGUACAAGAAGCAUGAUCUGCCUUCAGGACUGAUGACGGAAGAGUCUUAUUACCCCACAUAAGGAUGGUUAUCAUGUAAUUAAACAAGAUUUUUCUGCAAGACAAACUCACGUUUUUUGUCAAACCACAUUGUUCUGCUUUUAAGCCACAUUUCUCAUUGUUUUCAGAAGAGCAGGAAUGCAAUCACACAAGGGUCCAGAUGUUUGUUUGUUUUAUUCAUCAUAUCAGCGACAACGAAACGAAGCAACAGGAGAGGAGUGACGUCUCUUUUCAUGUUGAAAUGCUGCCUGCAUAAGCAAAGGGAAGGAACGCCAUAAACAGUAUUAUAACAUUCAGGAAGUGUACUUGUACAGCUAGAGAUGACAGGAAAGAUAGAAGUAGUGAGUUAGUAUAAUACGUCACCUCACCGUCCUCUCAUAUCAGAGCUGAACUGACAGAUCAUUUGAUGCAUAAUGUUGCUCUCUUGUUAAGAUAAUUUAAGCAAAACAUGGUUACAAUGAUCAUUUCUUUAUUUAUGAAAUUAAUGUAAUAUGGUAAAAAAAAAAAAAAAAAAAAAAACAUAUGAUGGUUCCUGAAGUUGAGUGUAUUUAUUAUUUGGAUGGUGUGUGGAGAGAGUGAAUGCAAUAUAAGAAGAGCUGGGGAGACUUCCAGCGAAGCACCUUCUGACAGCGAGAAUCAAACGUUCAACAGAUGAAGUAGAUAAAGGUUACAGUCAGCUUAAUGUACAUGUUAUGAAAUCACACAAAAUAACCAUCCUGCUGGAAUGGUUAUUCAGAUCUGUGUCACUACAAAUAACAGUGUUAUUUGUUUAUGUAUUAUUUUUCGUUUGUUUUUUUUGUUGGCCAUUGUGUGGCUCUAUCUUCUUCCAGUCACUGUAUUUGUCUCUUUAACAGAAAUUGUAAAUGUUAUGUAAUGAACUGUAAGUAUAGUAUGAGACUCUAUGCUUGCUAACACAUUUGGUUGUAGUGAGCCCAUAGCAUUGUGACCCUGAAUGCAUCAUGAGUUCAACAGGAAAUAUAGACUUACCAUUACCCGAAAUAAGGACCAGAAUUAGCUUCUCUGCUGAAUUAAAAUGUUUGGUUUUUUUGGGGGGAAAUAUGCUAUUUGCUCUCUUGCUCGGUGUUACAUGAGAUGAUUGAUGCUACUCUAUUGCCUAUAUGCUAACUAUGUAAAUGGAGCCUGUUGCUGGUUAGCUUAGCUUAGCUUAGCAUAGCAUAGCAUAGCAUAGCAUAAAGAGCUGCCCAAAGUCAAAAACCCUGCAGACCACAUCACAAACUUUUUUUCUUCUUCGCAUCAUCAACUUAUUUCAUUGCAUCUUCAAUUACUUCCUGGACUCUGCACUGGUUGCCUGGCAACCCAUUUGGCACAUACCCUGCUGUAAAAUGUCUGUUGUUAGUACAGAUUAAACCAGCUAUUUAUAACAUAAUAACAUACUUUUUCUUGUCAGAAAUGUUUACUUAUAGGAAAGAACAAACAGUGGACACUUCAAAUAUUAACAAUGGCUCUGUUCCAUUAAGUAUUUUUAACUGAUGGAUCACGCUUGUGUUGUCAAUCUCCUCAUUUAACGCUCUGCAAGUGAGAAUGCAUUUUCCCUACAAAGGUGAACUCCUUUUGUCAAACAGUUUCUUCAGUCUCCUUGUGAGUGCCAAAGAGUCUUCCAUGAUUUCAAAAUUAACUUUGAAGGACAUUCGAAACCUUUGGGGAAAGGCUUUCUCUCCCAGUGUAGAGAUCAUUUGUGUUUCUUUUAAACAUGUGAUUACCCACAAUGCAACGACCACUUUAUCCCCACAGCAUUGACUGUACAGUGUCAAAUAUUUGUACAGGUGUGUUUGUAAAUCUGUUUGUAUCAGUAUCCCCUUUAUCUGUUCCCAUGAACUGCAUUUACAUGUCUGUGUUGAUACUGUUGAGGAACUUGACCAACACAAUGAAUCGUGUUAGUAGACGUGACGUUGUUGAGGGGAAACUGUGAUUCUAUGUAGACUCUAUAAGUAUUCCAGCAGUCUAAAGUAUAUCAGUAAAUUGAUGCAUCCAGGUGUCAGGAUCAUAAUCCCCCUCCUCCUCUUCUGUUUCCGAGGUUGAAUAUUUUUGUGAAAAUGUUGCUGUUAAUUUUGUUACUCAACUCAAUAUUAAGCCACAGUCAAAGAGAUUUCUAUUUCCCCUAUUUCUGGUUCCUUCUUUAUUUUAAAGAGUAUUAAGAAGUUAGUGAUAUCAUCUUGUUUCGAGUUAGCUGAAAUUCAUUGAGGUUACCCAAGUUCAUGUAAGUCCUGGCCGCUGCAAUCAAGCCAAUUGAAAUUUUGCCUUCUUACUAAUGAAUAACAUUAGGUAUUAAUUCUUAACUACUACCUGGUCAGUAUUAGCUCAACGUCACCUGUUGAAAAGUACCCUGUGUUUUCAUGCUAUAAACAGAUCAAAGCUUUUGUUUGUCUGCAAGCCUUGCUGACUAUAAGGAUAUGGUGUUAAAAAGACAAAAAACUACUGAUUUUGUAAUUACUGGAAUAUAUUGAUGGUUGCAUUAACAUAUUUUGAAUAAAUUGUAUAUUUUGAGAAUUUUA